AUGCCGUUAGCUACAAGUUCCACAGGUUCAGAGAAAAGUAAUCAAUCCUUGAUUAAAGGCGCAUUGAACUUAGACCCUUGGUUAGAACCCUUUUCAGGGCAAUUGAUAAAUCGUCAAUUAAAUUUGAGAAAAUGGUACGACGAAUUUAAGCAAAAUGAAGGUAGUUUAACGGACUUUGCAUCUGCUUAUGAAAAAUAUGGUUUACAUGCUAACUGGGAUACUAAAGAAGUGUUCAUCAACGAGUAUAUUCCAAAUGUGAGUGAGGUUUCCUUGGUUGGGGAUUUUAAUAAUUGGAACAUUAACACCCAUAAAUUGAAGGAAGUUAAUGAUUUUGGACUUUGGUCAUUGACAAUCCCCCCUACAGAGAAUAAUGAGUUUGCUGUUCCUCAUGAUUCCAAAUACAAGAUUUCAAUGGUCACAGCAAGUGGGGAACGAAUCUACAGAUUAUGUCCAUGGUUGACAAGGGCUACACCUUCUACCGAAAACAACUUAUAUGAGGGAAGAUUUUGGAAUCCUGACCCAAAUGAAACAUAUAAGUUCAAGAACGAGAGACCGAGAAUUGAAAGCAAUGAUG